GACCGUGACGAAACGUAAGGCCUAACCCCACUUCACCUCUCUUCCCCCAAACCAAAUUCCCAACACCCAAUCCAAUCCAAUCCCUAUCCCAACCACCGCAAUCAUGUCCGCCUCCCCCUCCACCGUCGUCCCCCGCCUCUUCUACCACCCCGCCUACUGGUGCCACUCCUGCGACAUGAGCAUCGGCCUCCCCCUUCCCCGACCCCCAACGCCCUCCUCUGCCCCCACUGCCACCGCGACUCCCUCGAGCAGAUGGACAUGGACAUCGACGACUCCUCCGCCGCCCCCCCUCCCCCUCCCGACGACAACUUCCUCCUCAACAGCCCCUACCUCCACCGCCUCAUCCACCACCUCACCUCCGCCGCCGCCGACCCCCGAUCCGACCCCGCCCCCAAAUCCUCCAUCGAUUCCCUCAAGGAAUUCACCGUCACCGACGCCUCCAUGCUCUGCCCCGUCUGCAAGGACCCCUUUCUCGUGGACUCCGUCGCCAAGGUCAUGCCUUGCAACCACAAUUACCAUCCCGAUUGCAUCGUGCCGUGGCUCCAGAUCAACAAUUCGUGCCCUGUUUGCCGCUACAAGCUGCCCGCAGUGGAGGAGCGGGGGGCGGAGGGGUUUGUGGGAUCGGUUAGGAUUGAGGAAUUGGUGGAUGAUGAGGCGGAUUUGUACGGGUUUAGGGACACGCUGAGGCAUAUAGCGAGGAGGCAUCGGUGGAAUAAUGAUGAGAGUAAUGGUGGGAGUGGGAGUGAGGGGAAUUUGUUUUCUCCGACGCAGAUCGGGGAGGUGGAGAGAGGGGAUGGAGUUUUGGAGAGGGAAAACAGCGUCGAGACUGUGUCGAGCUGGCCGAGGUGGCAGGCGGAGGAGAGAGGAGGAGGCGGAGGAGGAGGAACUGACGAUACUGAUGCUUUUGCUCGAAGCUGAGGUUUUGGUGGGGAGUUCUAAUUGGAUUUUGUAUUGUUACGCCAUAAAUUAGAGGUUAUGUAUAUCCCUAGGAGGUCAAGGGCCGAGGCCAUGUUGUCACCUGUAACGAGUGUAGUGAAGUGUAAAUUAGCCAUAAAUCGGCCGUGUCUCUUCCAUUCAAUAACCCCAAAAAGAAAACUGUGAAUCUUCCCUUCCCUUCCCUCCCUGCUCUCAGCUUCUUGAAAGUGUGAUUAAUAUACUCUGUAAAUCACACUAGUUUGGUAAUUAACAGCCAAAGGAUUAAUUGCAUUUCAUAAAUCCCUCUUUGUAAAACCUACCUUCCAUUCAAGAUUGUUUGUUUCCCGAGCUAAUACUAUUAGUCGGAGAUGGUGAAGAAAAUCGAUAAUAUGAUCGGUAGAGCUUGGCUUAUUGUGUGCUCUAAAUUGUUAAAUCUUGUGGAGAGACUAUGAUUACAACAGAGGCAAGAGGACUAGCCUUGAUACUACAUGAUGUUAAAUGAACAAUUUAUUGUUAUUCAUAAUUUAAUUUGUAAUGCAGGAUUAUUUAGUUUUCCA